UCUAUAUGUUAAGACAAAUCAAACAAGAUCACACAUAACUAUAUUUAGGCUUACACAUUGAGAGAAUUUGAUGAGUCAAAGUGCUUAGAUGAACAGUUCCAAAAGUCAAAACUGGACGAAUACUCCGGGACGGAGGGAGUAUGUUAUAAUCGGGUGAUCAAAUUGUUAGUAUUAUAUUCAGUGACACAAGCACAAAUACAAAGUUCAUGAUCUCUACGGUAUACGGGAAACACACUGAAGGAGAAAGGGAAGAACUCUGGGCAUCAAUGAGGUCUCACAUGCCUAAGGGCCUUCCAUGGUUUGUUGGUGGAGAUUUCAACGUGGUGGCAUCUAUGACUGAACACAAAGGGAGAAUCCCCCCCAGCUCUAAGGGGAUAGAGGACUUCUCUCAGGCUCUUCAAAUCUGUGAGCUUAGCAACAUCACUCCAAGUGGUGGUCUGUACACUUGGAAUGGGCGUAGAACGCAAGGAAUGGUUUGGUGCAGGCUAGAUAGAGUUGUGGUUAAUCCUAGAGUCUUGGAAGCUUAUGAGGAGGUUACACUUACUCAUUUAAGCAAAAGUGGCUCAGAUCAUAAGCCAAUCUUACUUAAAUGCUCAAAUCCCAAGUUUGAUGGCCCAAAAAAUUUCAGAUUCACCAAUGCUUGGCUAACCCACAAAGAAUUCCUGCCCAUGAUCAAGAAGUAUUGGCAUAACAGCAGUAAUGUAAGUGGUAUGAUGGGCUUCGCUGAAAAACUUAAGCAACUCAAACCAAUAAUAAGGGAAUGGAAUAAGGAGAUCUUUGGAGACAUUUUCCUUAAUGUUAAAAAAGCUGAACUAGUGGCUGCUGAAAAACAAGUCAAAUAUGAGGAGGAUCCCACGGAAGAACUGAGAUGUGAAUCAAACCUUGCUGCUGCUAAACUCCUCCAGGCUUGUAAUGUGGAAAGAAUUUUCUGGGAACAAAAGGCCAACAUCUCCUGGCUGAAAGAGGGGGACUCCAACACGAAAUUCUUCCAUUCAUAUGUCAAAGGGAGGAGAGCAAAACUUAAAAUAUCCACCAUAAGGGAUGACAUGGGGAUCAAUCAUGACAAUGAAGAUCAAAUUGGUAACCUGGCAGUAGAACACUUCACCAAUCUCUUUGCUGAUCAUGCCAUUUCAAAUCCAGAAAGUAUUACCACAUACAUUCCCACCACCAUCACAGAACAAGACAACAAUUUUAUGAGGAGGCUACCUGAAGUAGAGGAAGUUAGGGAAGCAAUAUGGUCCCUUAAUCCAGAUGCUGCAGCUGAUGAUCUGGUAAUUUUCCUCAACGGUAACACCCGUAACCUUCUUCGCCUAAUGUCCAUUUUGAAAGAGUACAACCUAGCCUCGGGUCAAGACAUUAAUUGGAUGAAGAGCAGGUUCUUUGUGAGCUCCAAGACCCCCAUCAGAAAAUGCUUACAAAUGGAGAAAGCUCUCCAAAUUAGGUGUGGAAAACUCCCCUUCAUUUACCUUGGAGGGAACAUCACUAAAGGUAUCCUUAGAAAGGAGGGUUUCCAACCUAUACUUCAACAUUUUGACAAGUUUUUGUCCUCUUGGUACUCUAAGGUCCUUAACCCCAUGGGCCGGUUGAUUUUGAUCAAACACGUACUCUCCUCCAUUCCUCUACAUCAUAUUGCAGUUUGUGAGCUUCCAAAAUCAAUCAUCAACACCCUCCACGCCAAGAUGAAGAACUUCUUAUGGGGAUACACCAACGGCAAUGCCAAACAUCACUGGAAAUCCUGGGAAUAUAUGUGCAAACCAAAGAAGGAAGGGGGACUUGGGAUACGCGACUUGCACCAGGUCCAAAAGGCCUACUCCCUAAAACUCAUUUGGAAGAUUAAUCAUGUGGAGAACCUUUGGACAAACUUUAUGAAAGCCAAAUACAUUUCUAAUAGGGCAGCUAUAAAGGCGAAUCUCCCGGACUCCCCAACGUGGAAAAGAAUAUGCAAAGCUCAUGUAGAUUUAGAGGAUGAUGAAUUUGGUAGCUCCCUGCCCCUCAACCUAACCAUGAAGAAUGCCUAUGAUCUGAAGAUGGACCCAUAUGCACUCGGGACGUACGUGGUUAAUGAAGUCAAAUGGGAUGGAGGACCUGGGUCUCUCGGAAUGCUGGAACAAAGGUCAUUGUCUGAAUUGGAGCAUCCUAAGAAGUCAGGGGGGUUGGCUAGUGUGGUAGGAUCAGGAUUUCUAGGGGUGAAUUCUGGAGCAGAGGCUGAGAGUGAGUUGGCACGAGGUUGGGGCAAGAUUGGGGGAGGGGAAGGUUCAUGGGCUGAUAACAAGCAUGAAGAUUGAAAGGUUGUACUCUCUAAAGGCUUAUGGGAAUCAACACCGGGUAAUUCACAAGAGAGAAGAGUUGCAGAGAUGGAAAGAGGUGGUUGGUAUGCUGGUUUAGAAAUCGAGGCACACACCACAGCCAUAUCCAAAAAAGGAGGGGGAGGGGG